AAACAUAAAAAAAAAAAGAUGCCAGGUGCAAGCCCCAAGUUGUCACCUGGGACAUCUGAGCAACCAGCUAGAAACCAAGGGUUUCCAUGACCCCCACCCCAGUUUUUAUAACUUGCCAGAACAGCUCAAAGAGCCUAGAAAAGUGCUUUAUUUACUAUUACUGGACUAUUUUAGAGGAUACAACUCGGGAAGAGCCAGGUGGAGAUAUAUAGGGCAAGAUACAAGGGGAGGGGGGGUGGAGUUUCCACGCCCUCUGUGUGUGCCGCCCUCCUGGUACCUCCGCGUGGUCACCAACUAAAAAGCUCUCUGAACCCCAGUGGUCUUUUUCCAUAGGCAUGAUGGUUAGAUCAUUGACCUUUGGUGAUUAGUUCAAUCUCCAGCCCCUCCUCCCUCCCAGGAGGUCUGGCAGGUGGGGCUGAAAGUUCCAACCCUCUAAUGCCUUGGUCUUUCUGGGGACCAGCCCCCAUCCUGAAGCUAUCUGUUAGUCCCCAGCCAUCACUCAUCUUUUAGUUUACAAAAGACACUUAUCACCCUCAGAGAUUCCGAGAGUUUCAGGAGAAGAGUGCCAGGGACCAGGGACGAAGGCCAAGUAUAUCUUACUGUAUCCCACCCCUGCUAGAUGGCAGAGCAGGGGCUAGAACCCUAGACUCUUGCCUGGCUCCCAGGAGCCUUGGGUCUAAGAGGAGGCCCUAUGUUUUCACCAGCAUGUGACACGAGGGCUUUGUUGGAAACCACAGAUCUGACCCCAUACUUGAAACCUUUCUGGAAAAAAAGUCCUUGAGUGCAUCUGGCCCUGGAGAGGUCAGUGUCUCUCCAGGCACCCCCCCCCCCCAAACUACUUCUUUCUUUUCUGGCCUCAGGGCCUUUGCACAGCUGGGAGCCUGAUAACACUUCUUCCCUCAGCUACCCAGCUGGCCUUGGAAGCUGUUCCCCAGCAACCCCCAGGGAAGCGAGGCAGAGGCUGCGGGCCGGGCUGUGUGGCUUUGGCAGGACCCUGCUGAGCCGAGGCCAAGGUGUGUGUCAGCCCCAGGCCCGGCCAGCAGUGUGAUUCACACCGGGCAUCAGCCCAGCCCCAGGAGGUGAAUGGGGACGGUGGCCUCACUUUCCCCUUCAGGACUGUGGCUCAGAGUCAAUACCCGGUUUUGCCAGGCCCGUAUGGGGACCCCAAGGGACCUUGGGCCUAGCUUCACUCUAAGGAGCCCCUGUCCUCAGAGCCAGACACAGACAAUCCCUGGCCUUUUACAACAGCAGUGUCUUCUUUGCUCUGGACCCCUUAUGGCUCCCCAGAACCUUCUUGAUAAAACCCAAACUCCGUACUCCUCUCUGACUCCUCCCUAUUCAGUUGUCCUCCACCUCCGGCCCUCUUCUCCCUCGCCUCCAACCACAUCAGCCUCCAUGUUCCCUAACCAUGCCUAACUUCUUCUGCCUCAGGGCCUUUGCCCAAGCUGUGUUCUCCACCUGGGAUGCCCUUCCCCCAGCUCUCCUGUGACUAACCCCUUCUCCUCUGGGACUCAGCCCAUCCACCCCCUCUUUGAUUCCUUCCUAGCAGUCUCACACCCCCAAGUUAUUUGAGUUGUUUGUGUCCCCAGACCCAGAUGAGGUCCCACUACAAACUUAGGUGCUCAACAAAUGCCCAAGGUAUGUGAGACUGAGUCUGCCUUGAGACACGUGUAGGGGAAGAAUUCGGGCCCCCCUCUGUGCUCAGGGCAUUAAUUUUCUGUUCAGAACAGGCAGGAAAUAUGUAGCAACCACCGUAACCCUCAGCCCUGAUCUAGGUACUGCCCCCACACUGGGUCUGCCUUCUAGAACCCCCUUUCCCCAGGAGGAGCUGGUGGGGAUUGGCUGGAACUUGGCUGUGAGUCACAAAGCCAUUGUGGCACCAGGGCCCCAAGGCUGGCCAUUCGGGCCGGUCGGUUCAGCUUCAGGGGCAGGUCAGAGCCAGCCCAGGGCAGUGUUGCUGCACGUUGCAUGAGAUGAAGGGCUGAAUGAAGGCUGCUUCCUCUUACAAGUUGGCUUCUGAGAUUGCACCUUCUCCUCCUGCUCCUUCGCCAACUCUGUGGCCCUUCAAGGCAGAGCUGACCUGCUCAAGAAGAAAGACAAUGCAGCAAGCAGCGCAGCCCCAGUUAUCACCCAAUGGGCAGAGCUUGUACCAGCCCCAGUCCGACCCCAAUCUCCAAGACAAAGCACGGACACUGCGUCCAAAACCUCAGCAUGAGCCACUUGGUUCCAAGGAGAGCCUUCCGCAAGAUCUGGACAAGGACAAGAAGGCAACUCGUCACAUCCCACGCCUCCGGGCUGUGGUUGAGAGCCAGGCCUUCAAGAACAUCCUGGUAGAUGAGAUGGACAUGAUGCUGUCCCGUGCAGCCACCCUCAUCCAAGCCAACUGGAAAGGCUACCGGCUCCGGCAAAAGCUGAUCUCCCAGAUGAUGGCAGCCAAGGCCAUCCAGGAGGCCUGGCGACACUUCAACACCAGGCGUCUCCUCCGGUCUGGCAAGUCGGUGGAGAAAAAAGUGAGCGUGGAGGAGGGGGACAUCCCUUACCACCCCCCCCAGCAGGUGCGGUUCCAGCAUCCGGGAGAGAGCAAGUCCCCUCUGGCUCAGCCCAUCAUGGUGAGCAAAGAGACCCAGUUCCCUUCCUCCGACAGCCUGGCUGCCUGCACCCACCAGCUGGUCCUCCUGCAGACCCAGAGUACUCCACAGCCGGGCAUACGGGUCCCUUGUACCAUUGGAGGCCCCAACGUCACCUUCCUACCACACCAGACCGUUGCCAUCAGACUUCCAUGUCCAGUGAGUUUAGAUGCAAAGUGCCGCCCAUGCCUGCUGACAAGAACCAUCAGAAAUUCCUGCCUUGUCCAUGUAGAAGGGGACACAGUGAAGACCAAGCAAGGAACUGCCAGAGCCAGCAAGUCAGGAGCUUCCGGGCCACCACCACCCGUCAGGUAUGCCCCGGCAGUUCACCGAUCACUCAAGACCCAGACCCAGGACCACAUGGAAGCAGAGGUCUUCAAAGCCCCACCCCAGACAGGCCCAGCACCUGUGAUAACCAAGACCCCGCCCCAGCCGUGUGUAGUGCCCACGGGAACAGUAGCCAAGGCCCCACCCCAGAUGUACCCAGCGGCCCGGAUGACCAAGACCCCAACCCCGAUGUACCCAGCAGCCACGAUGACCAAGACCCCACUCCAGUCUUGCCUGGCAGCCAUGAUGAACAAGACCCCACCCCAGCCAUGCUCGACGCCCACGGCAACAAUAACCAAGACCCCACCCCAGAUGUACCAGGUAGGCCCGGUGGCCAAGGCCUCACCCCAGACAUGCCCGGUGGCUGCAGUGGCUAAGACUUCACCCCAGACAUCCCAGCCAGCCACAGUGACCAAGACCCCAUUACAGUCUUGCUUGGCAGCCAUGGUGAACAAGACCCCACCCCAGCCAUCCCCAGCAGCCCCGGUAUCCAAGACCCCAACCCAGAUGCGAGCAACAGCCUCGAUAACCAACCCUUCACCCCAGACACGACCGGCAGCCAUGAUGGCCAAGAUCUCACCACAGAUAUGCCUGUUAGCCUCAAUGAUCAAGCCCCCAACCCAGACACGCCCUGUGGCCGCAAUGACCAAGACUCCGCCCCAGACAUGCCCAGUGCCGGUGAUGGCCAAGACACCUCCCCAGAGCCGUCUGGCGGCCAUGGUCACCAAAACCCCAGCCCAAUUCUGCUCGGUGGCUGCCAUCAUCAGGACCCUGUGCCUGCCACCUCCAACAGCUGGAAAUCUGAAGUCUUCACCUCCAGCAGCAGCGGCAGCCGGAGUUCCCAACACCUCAUCCCACACGUAUCUGAACGGACCAAAGGCCAAGGCUGUGGUGGAUGCAAAGCAGACAACAGGGAUGGUCAAGAUCUCAUCCCGCUCAUCCUUGCCUGAGGGAAAGGUCAAAUACUUUCCCCCACCACAUCUGGGGGCUGGGACUCCCAAGGCUCCAGCCAGGCCUCCUUUAGAAGCUGAAAAAAUCAAGACCUUCUCCCAGAAACAGGUGAAAACAGAAACAGUAUCCAACACUAGUGUGGCCGUUGAAACGCCCAGGGCUUCGCCAUGGGCAAAAGUGACCAAGGACAGGAACAAGUCCUCAUUACAGACACACCUGAGGACCGAUGUCAUGAAGGUUCAAUCCCAGGUGUAUGUGCCUGUAGAAACAGCUGUGGUCCUACCCCGGGGCGAGCCGGCCACAUGUCCGGCCAAGGCCGCGGGAACAUGUCUGGCCAAAGCUCUGCCCCAGGAACGGCUGGCCACGUGUUCAACCACAGCCUCGUCCCAGGGACAGCUGCUUGCUGAAUUGACCGCGACUCUGCCCCAGGCACAUCUGGGCACAUGUCUGUCCAAGACCCUACCCCAGGCACAUCCAUCCACCAAGCUGACCAAGGCCCUGUCCCAGGGACAUCCACCUGCUGAGCUGACCGCAGCUGAGGCUCAGUCACAUGUGGGCCCAUGUCCGUCCAAGGCCCUGUCCCAGGCACGUCCAUCUGCCAAGCUGACCAAGACCCCAUCCUUUGCACAUCUGGGCACAUGUCUGACCAAAGCACAGUCCCAGGCACAUCUGGCCACAGGAGCAGUAAAGGUCCAAUCUCAAGCACAUCUGCCUACCGGGCUGACCAAGGUGCACUCCCAGGCCCAGUGGGUCACAGAAGCAGCCAAGUGCCUCUAUGGAACCCACCAACCUGCUGAGCUCAGCAGCAAGACCCAGUCGCAGCCGCUCUUGGCUGGGUUCAGGGCCUCCUCCCAGCCUUGUCAUCACGUUGGUGCCCUUGGCACUCUGCCCCGAGCCAAGCCAGAGGACAGACUGACCCAGAUCCAGCCCCACAGCCAUGCACAGGGCAAAGCCACCCAGGGCCCAUGCCAGGGGUCCUCUGAGACCCAGAGCAUGCUGAUGCCCCUGUCGGCAUCUGCCGGACACCCCACGUGCAACAUUGAAUCCUGGGGUGACAGUGGAGCCACCCGGGCCCAGCCGUCGAUGGCCGGCCCAGCCACACCCUGCCAGGAAGAGCUGGCAGCCUCCCAGCUCGCCUCCCUGUGUGCCGAGCUGGCCGCCGAGCUGGGCUCCCAGGAGGACCUCCGCGCCCUGCUGGCGAAAGCCCUCUCCCAGGGGCAAGUGAGGGCCGCCCUGAACCAGGCCCUGACAAAGAAAGUCCUGGGUGCCACGAUGACCAAGGCCCUGCCCCAGGGCAUGCUGGGCACAGCGCUGAUGAAAGUGCUGUCCUGGGGUGAGCUGGGCAUUGCCCUGUCCCGCACCCUGACCCCCACCGAGCUCCGGGCAAAACUCGCUAAGGCCAAGCAGGGCAAACUGGCGGGCGUGCUCAGCAAGGCACUGACGGAGGAGGAGUGGGCAGCCCUGAGCCAGGCCCUGUGUCAGGGGGAGCUAGGCGCGGUCCUGAGCCAGUCUUUGUCUCAGGCAGCCCUGAGGACCGGAGUCGUCCUCCCCAAGGCCACCUCUCAAACAGCAGGAAGCAGGAUGACUGUGAUGCCGACCCCAGUGGAGGUGGGGAGCCCAUCAGCUGCGUGGGGGCCCACCCUAGGCCCCGUGAGACCACAGCCCAGCAAGGUCAGGGUUCCCCAGGAUGGGGCCUGGGAGGGCUUCUUCACAGGCAGGCCUGCCGGGUUCUUAGCAGAGAUGGGGGAUGGGGCCAUGCUCGGGGGGUCACCCUGCUCGUCGGUGGUCUCCAUGGGUGCCUCCCUAACUAGUAGAGUGAUCACCACUGUUCAUCAAUACCCCCUAAUUGCUGCCCUGGACCCCACUCCAUCACGGGAGAUGGGGCCUAGCAGGGACUCCUCCUCAAACCUGUAUCUGAAUCCUGAGGUCAGUGAGGAAACUGUGUGCCUCCCCCCAGCGGCCGGUGAAUUGGCAUCGGAUCUCAACCCCGUGGAGAGCGACACGGGCCCCGAUUUGCCCAGGCCACCCCUCCUGCAGCUGCCCCCCAGUCUGUGGCAGCCGCUCAUUGCCAACGGUGUGGGCCCAAGCACCAGCCAGCCGUCAGUGGCCGGUGGCACAGCCCAGAGCUCCCAUAAGCCACAUGUCAGCAGGGUGGCCCCACAUCCGUGGGCCUCGUCGAGGGAGGGCAGGGUGGCCCCGGCUAUGCCUCCCCGCACUGUGGGUGGCGGGAAGGCCUCCCACUCCCACCGGUGUGUCGCUGCCUAUGGGGGAUCCGUUUGUUGGUGUCGGCCCUCCGGGGUCAACAAGGUGCCCCCCGGCGUAUACCGGUCAUCGGCUACCAAAGUUCCACGACAGCCAUCUGUGGUCCGUGAGGACGCCGUGCAGAAAACUCAGUCCUCAAAUCACAAACGGGCCUCCCCGGACCCCAGGGAGAGAAUCGGCAAGGCGACCUCAGGUCCACGGAGGGCUGCCGCUGUGAGCAAAGCACCCCUAGCCCAACCACAGACUCCCAAGGCCUGUGACAUAAGCCUAGGUCUCUUGCCUGGCUCCGCGGCUCCCGGUCAUCGCUGGGCACUCAAGACUCAGGUAGAUCCCAGUGUGUUCCAAGCGUCCCCAGGCAGUAGGUUGGCACACCCCCUGCCCGGUACAGCCAUCCCUCGGCAGGAGAGGAAGCGGACCAAGGGUACCAUUUCCAGUGGGCACUGCCCACGGGAGCAAGUGACUGGCCGUAUACUCAAUGAACUGGUGGCCAGUUUGCCACAGGGUCUGGACAAUGACCUGUCCGGAAGCCUGUCCCCAGACUCCACAGACUGUGGCCCGAAUGUGAGUAAUUCCCAGAGCUCAUUGCCCAGCUGUAGUUCACUCAGCCUUUCCACCAUGUCUGUGACCAGUCUGACUGCUAUCGACCUGGCGGAGGAGGAGUCCUUGGAGGCCAGCUUGGAUAGGGACAUCGGGGUAGAUGCCCUCCUCUCUGGAGAGGCCGAGGGGGGGCCUCAGGGGCCUGGAGACAGGGAAGAAACUAGGGAGGUGAGCUGGCCACACACGACUCCAAACCUCCACCACCCUCCCUCUGCGAGUUCAGAGCCGAUGCCCAUUCUGCACCACAGCUCAGUGUCCGGUCAUGUGACCUUGAGUGUCCACUGGGGCUCAGAUGAUCCGGAUGAGAGGGAUGUGUCUUCAGGCCAAAGCUCCAUGGAUCUGAAGAAGAGCUUGUCCCAGAAAUCCUAUAGAACAGGACUGACCAGAAGUGUGUCUUUGGGUAAUGUGGCCCCUACCGUGUAUCAGCAGCCCUCUGGGGCCAGUAGAUUAACCUCAAGCCUCUCCCUGCCAUCAGUAGCAGAUAACAUGGCUCCAAACCCGCAACACCCAUUUAUAGUCAGUAGGGUCACCCCCAGCCUAUCUGAAUCGUCUAUGACUACUAAGGUCACCCCCAGCCUAGCCCAGCCAUCUGUGACAGGUGGGGUGGCCCCCAACAUAGACCAGGCAUCUGUGACCGGUAAGGUGGCUCUCAGCCUAGCCCAGCCAUCUGGGACCAGUGGGGUGGCUCCCAAUUUAGCCCAGGCGUCUGUGACCAGUAGCGUGGCCCCCAGCCUAGCUCAGCCGUCUGUGACCGGUGGGGUGGCCCCCAACUUAGCCCAGCCAUCUAUAACCGGUAGGGUGGCCCCCAGCCUAGCCCAGCCAUCUAUGACCGGUGGGGUGGCCCCCAGCCUAGCCCAGCCAUCUAUGACUGCUGGGGUGGCCCCCAGCCUAGCCCAGCCAUCUGUGACUGGUGGGACAGCUCCCAACUUAGCCCAGGCAUCUGUGACCGGUAACGUGGCCCCCAGCCUAGCCCAGCCAUCUAUUACUAGUGGGGUGGCCCUCAACCUAGCCCAACCAUCUGUGACUGGUAGGGUGGCCCCCAUACGAGCCCAGCUCUCUGUGACUAGUGGGACAGUUCCCAACUUAGCCCAGGCAUCAGUGAUCAGUGUCGUGGCCCCCAGCCUGGCCCAGUCAUCUGUGACUAGUGUGGUGGCCCCCAACCUAGCCUGGCCAUCUUUGACUAGUGUGGUGGCCCCCAACCUAGCCCAGGCAUCCAUGACCGGUGGGGUGGCCCCCAGCCCAGCCCAGCCAUCUGUGACCAGUGGGGUGGCCCCCAACCUAGCCCGGCCAUCUGUGACUAGUGUGGUGGCCCCCAGCCUAGCCCGGCCAUCCGUGACUGGUGGGGUAGUCCCCAGCCUAGCCCAGCCACCUGUGACCAGUGGGGUGGCCCCCAACCUAGCCCAGCCAUCUAUGACUAGUGGGGUGGCUCCCAAUCUAGCCCAACCAUCUGUGACUGGUGCCAUGGCCCCCAACCUAGCCCAGCCAUCUAUGACUGGUAGGGUGGUGCCCAGAGUAGCCCAGCCAUCUGUGACCAGUGGAGUGGCCCCAAAUCUAGCCCAGGCAUCAGUGAUCAGUGGGGUGGCCACCAGCCUAGCCAAGCCAUCUGUGACCAGUGGGGUGUCCCCCAACCUAGCCCAGCCAUCUAUGAUUAGUGCCAUGGCCCCCAACCUAGCCUGGUCAUCUGUGACUAGUAUGGUGGUCCCCAACCUAGCCCAGGCAUCUUUGACCAGUGGGGUGGCCCCCAGCCUAGCCCGGCCAUCCAUGACCAGUGGGGUAGCCCCCAGCCUAGCCCAGCCACCUGUGACCAGUGUGGUGACCUGCAGCCUAGCCCAGCCAUCUGUGACUGGUAGGGUGGCCCCCAGCCUAGCCCAGCCACCUGUGACCAGUGUGGUGACCUCCAGCCUAGCCCAGCCAUCUGUGACUGGUAGGGUGGCCCCCAACCUAGCCCAGCCAUCUAUGACUAGUGUGAUGACCCCCAGCUUAGCCCAGCCAUCUGUGACCAGUGGAGUGGCCCCCAACCUAGCCCAGCCACCUGUGACCAGUGUGGUGACCUCCAGCCUAGCCCAGCCAUCUGUGACCAGUGGGAUGGCCCCCAACCUAAUGCAGGCAUCUGUGACCAGUAGGGUGGUCCCCAGCCUAACACAGCUACCUGUGACUGGUGGGAUGGCCCCCAGCCUAGCCUGGCCAUCUGUGACCAGUGGGGUGGCCCCCAGCCUAGCCCAGGCACCUGUGGCCAGUAGGGAGCCCCUCAGCCUAUUCCAACCAUCUGCAAUGAGUGGUACGAGCUGUGCAGUUGGUCAGUCAAGUCGGCCCCCUAAAGUGGGUUCAAAUCUACCAUCAUCAAGGGUGAAUGCCGUGGCCCCGAGUCGGCGUCAUCCAUCGGUUGUGACUGAAGUCCCCCCGAGUGCAUCAUAUCCAUCUGGGACCAGCAGCAUGGGUCAAGGUCUGAGCCAGCCAUCUGUGACCCCUGGGGUGGGCCCAUGUCAAGAUCCUGUAAUGGUUAGUGGGGUGGCCUCACACCCCCAGGCCCCUGAGUUCAGUGAGGUGUCCCUUGAAUGUCAUCAGCCAUUCAGUGUCAGGGGGAGGUGCCCAAGUAGGACUGCACAUUCUGCUGUUGCUGUUUCAGCCCCAAACCUCUACCAGGUGCCUGUGGCUAGUGGAGAGGACUCUUGUCUAGACCAGGGAACUGGUAUAUCUCCGGGGGCUCUGUUCAGGGGCAUGGCUACGAGCAUGUCCCCAGGUGCCAUGGCUGCUGGCAUGUUCCCAAAUAUGUCUCGGGGGACCCUGGCUGCUGGUAUGUUCCUAAGUGUGUGUCCGGGACCUGUGUGUCCAGGCAUCGCAGGGAGUGUGUGCCAGAGAAGUGCGGUAACUGGUGUGGGCCCAGACCAGUUUCAGGUGGCCAGUGGGACGACCCCCACUGCAUCCCCGGGCUCUGUGGCAGGUGUCCCUUUGGUUCGUGAACAAGCCUCAGAGGCGGGUCCUGGUUUCUCCCAGGCUUCAGUGCCCAACAGACGGGGUAGGAGUCCAUUCAAGUUUUCCCAGGCCAGCGUGGCCCCCAAUAUGUCUCCGGUCAAUGUCGAUCUCCCAACACCUUUGAACCACCAGCAUCCUUCUGUGUCCACAGUUGUGGCACCAGGUUACCAACAAGCAAACGCUGUCAGCCAGGAGCCUGUGAUGGGCACAGACAGUGGCCUGGUGCCAGGUUCUGUAGCCAAUAGGAUGGCCACAGCUAUGGCCCCAGGUGCUGUGGCCAGUGGUGUGGCCCCCAGCCUUCCUCCUGGGUCUGUGAUCAGAGGUGUGGGCCAAAGCCUGCCUCCGGGGCCCGUGAUCAGUGACGUGCCUCCCCACCUUCCACCAGGUUAUGUGGUCAGUGGUGUAGCUCAAACCCUUCCCCCAGGAUCUGUGAUCUAUGGUAUCAGCCAUAGCCUUCCCCCAGGAUCCAUGAUCAGGGGCAUGGGCCAGGGUCUUCCUCCAGAUCCCAUGGCCAGUGCUGUGGCCCAGAGCUUUCCUCUGGGUUCUGUGGCCAGUGGCAUGACCAGGACCCUGUGUCCAGGUUCUGUGGCCCCCAGUCUGAUUGCAGCGUCUGGGGCUGGUGGGAUGAGGCAAAGCCUCCCUGUAAGAUGCGCAGUUAGUUUCACUGCUCCGAGCCUUGUCCCAGGUUCAGUGGCGAGUGAGGUGGCCCCAAAUGUCUCCCCUGAGUCUGUGGCCUCUAUUAUGGUUCCAGCAUCUAUGGCUGGGGGGCUGAAUGGGGGCCUGGUUCUGGGGUCCAGGGCUAGCGCAGCUGGCCUGCCCCCCACAGUCGGAAAUGUGGCCCAGAGCCUUCCCCAGGGGUCCAUGCUGAUCGGGAUCACUCCCCGUCCUUACUACGGAUCCCUGGCUGGGGAAGGGUCUAUAGCCCCCUUCCAAGCAUCCCGUGCCAUUGGCCUGGCUCAACUUCAUCCCCGGGCUGGGGAAGCUAGUGGCACAACCUGGAGGGUGCACCAAAGGCCCACGGUUCUACAAAGAGCCUCACAGUUGAGCCACACUCCUGGGAUGAUGCCAUUUGAGACCACAGAUGACCAGGUCAUGAUGAAGCCAGAGGACCUGGAGAAGGCUCUGUCCCUGGCGUCCGAAUCCAGUGGGGAGUCCAUAGUCCUCGAGGAAACCCCGUGGAUGCCCCAUAGCCUCCCGUCAACUGACAUCAACCACAGCCUACGGUUCCUUCCCAACGGUCAAAAGCCAUUGUUGGAGGAGGUGGUUCCCAGUGAAACCAAGUCGCUGACCAGUGGCAUGGCCCCUGUCCCUCCCCAGGCCCUGAGUAUUGCCAAGCACUGGAGGGCAGGUGGCGUCACUGCAGCUCUGCAGCAGGGGUCAGCAACCACUUGGGGGGCCCCCAAUUCCCACUUUGUGACAACUAGUAGGGUCCCCAGUGUGCACAUGGAGUCUGUCAGAGCUACCGGGGCCCCUUUGGCUCAUCAACGGGCAACAGCGGCUCAUGGGUCCCAGAGCCCCUCGGUGGCUCUCAUUGUACCUCAGAACCCCUUGGUGGAUCACGUGCCCCAGAGCCACGCCCACGAGGCGGAGGCUUCUACCAUAGUCGCAGGGUCACCCAAGCUGGCCCAUGGCAGCACUAUAACAUUCAGUUUGCACCCAGGGUCGGUAGCUGGGAUGGGGACCCCCAGGACUUCCCAGAGGUCAGGGGCCGCCAGGGUGGCCUCACAUGUGCCGCUUUAUCCGCCCAGGGUGAGUGGGGUGGCAUCUGGUGGGUUCCAGACAGAAGCUGUCCCCAGAACACCCGAGAAGCCAGCGUCUGGGGAUCCGGCUCAGACCAGCCACAAAUUUCUUGGCUCUAGAAAAUCCUAUAGGUCCAUGCCUGGUAGUCUUGUGUCGGAAAUGCUAGAUGAUAAGGUAGCCAGGAUCGUGCCCUCACGUGACGCGCGAGAGCAGGCCCACAGGUCCUCACGGCAAAGUCCCGGACACCUCCCGGCUACGCCACCAGCCAUAACACCAAUCACGCGUACUGAGGCGACACACGACAUGGGCAUCCCUGGGCUGCACCCAGAGUUUCGGAGGGUGUCUCUGGGCUAUGAGUCUUCACCUGGCGGUUCCCGGAGGCCCCUUUUAACCCAGGAGCCAACAUGGGGGUCUCGGGAUUUCCAGAGCGCUGUGGCUCCUACAGAUAGUCCUGGGGCACUCCUGACUCCCGCUGUACUCCAGGGCCCCGCGGACGCCGUCAGAGCUGGUGGCCAAGCGCGGAACUCGGCCGCCCCCGGUGGAGCCGUCGGGCCCGUGGACGGCGCAGUGACCCCUGGUGGCCCGUGGGAGCCGGCCAGGGCUUCUGUGCCGGGGGACGCUGUGGGCAGAGAGGCGGCGGUGAAUCCCAGGCAGCCGGGGAAGCUGAUGGCAUCGAUGCAGGCCGUGGAGAAGAUAAUCAUCCGCGCUGUGGUCGUUAUCCAGGCGCGCACACGUGGCUACCUGGCACGCCGCGCCAUCAAAGCGUGGCACCAGUGGGCCGUCAUCAUCCAGGCCGCCUGGCGUAGCUACCGUGUGCGGCGGGACCUGGCCCGGCUCUCCAGAGCUGCCACCGUCAUCCAAGCCGUGUGGCGGGGCUUCUGUAUCCGCCGGGACCAAACCCUGCCAGCGUUGCUCCAGGGCAUGUGGGCCGAGAUGGGCAGCAGGACCGGGUGGACCUCUGACCACCGCUGCUUCCAGUCCUGCCAGCCGCACGUCUGCCCCCUCUGCCAGUCCCUGAGUCCCGGGGCGGGGAGCCCGCCCAGUGUGGUGAUGCUCGUGGGUUCCAGCCCCCGCACGUGCCACAUGUGUGGCCACACCCUGCCUACUCGGGUGGUGCACGGCACGGGCCGGGGCGCCAGAGUCCAGGCAGGCGUCCCAUGGGGCUCUGGCACCCAGACAACCCCCGGGAGCCCCCGGCAGUCCCGUCGCCAGAAUGAGGCAGCCGCGACCAUCCAGUCGGCGUGGAGGGGCUUCAGCGCACGCCGCCAGCUGAGGCAGAAGCAGGUGGCAGCCAAGACGCUUCAAGCCACCUGGCGCGGCCAUCACACUCGGGCCACCCUCACCACGGAUGCGCUCUUGGGACCAGCAGCAUGGGGCGAUCCGCAGUAUAUGCAGUGGCCGGGUGUCUAGGACAUUGGCUGACUGGUGGGGGGACACCAGGAGAGGGGCAAUGUGGCUCUUAGGGUCUAGUGAAUAAAGCCCUCCACCGCCUGA